UAAUCAUGUAAUCUGACGAUAGAUGGCUGGCGUUCACCAGCUGAGCACAAUUCAAUCGAAUUCCGUUUUAACGGUAAUCGAGGCGAGUCGUAGAACGACGAUGAAGCAAGGCUCUCAGCAUCUAUUGUGAGAAUACGCUCGCGAUCAACACUUUGCAUUUCCUUAAGCGUUUCCUUGCUACAGCAAUAGAAAUACCAUCUGAAACAAUGUUUCAUGCCGCUGAACUCGUAG